UCUGCCCUUGCCUGUCGAAGAUUCGACCCUCAGCAAAGCCAAAAUCAACCAACUCCUCAAGAAAUACUCUCCCAAAGAAAGGACGUUCCGCAACAAGUUUGAGUUGACGUCGUCAGAAGGAGACGUCUUGCCCCAGUCUACAGAAGAGCACACUACCAACACCAGUCCAUCCAUGGCGUCAGAAAACACCAUGUCUACAAGAUCCAAGACCCCAACUGUUGGCCUCUCUGAAGCCGAAAUGUUAGAACGGGCCAGGAAGAGGAAGCAAGCCGCAAGUGCCUCUGCAGUGACGCCGUCGUCGAUGGGCGCUCCCAAGGUCGCCAGGACGGCACCUCCAACUGAAACCCCUAAGCCUGCCAGCUGGACACCUCUCGCAGAGGGUCAGACUUUCACCAUCUCCCUCCCCAAGAACUUCUGUGAAAUUACUGCUCCGACAAUCUUCCCGUCGGCAGAGAAGCUUGCGUUCCCCGCGCCUCAGCGUCGUCUAGCCAGUUUGCCCCCGAUUACGGUGGCAAACGAAGGAUUGGCCCUGCAACUACCUGCUACCCAAAAUUCUCUGGCGCUACGUUCUGCUGCCACCACCUUAGAGAAGGAGUGCAAGACACUCCGUGAUAAAUUGGACAGGUCCUCCACAGCUUUGACGGCGGCAGAAAAGAAGAUAACGGAGCUGUCCGGGGAACUGACUAAGGAGAAAGGUCAAAACGCCAGCCACGUGGCAAGCCUGACGUCGAUGAAGGAAGAGACGGACGCCACAAUUGCCAGCCUCCGCGAGGAACUGAUGGACGCUGCUAGCCGGUACACUUGGAAGACCAAGGUCAGGCUGAUGAAGCAGUUCUUGGAGGGUCAGACGUCAAAAUGGACCCCUGAAGCGGACAUUCAGCAAUUUCUGGAGGUGUUUGGGACGCCAGAAGACUUAGUCCCUGAAGGUGAGAACAGCGCUGACGUCAUGGCGACGGCUGACUCUGGCGUCCACACCGACAUCGACGGCGCUGCUUGACUUCUACUGGUUCCUGCAAGGUGCUGCGUCACCUGUAAUGAAUAGUUAGUAUUUGUAAUAGAUGCUUUUGGGUGCUAUGUCACCGAAACUUUGAUACUUUUGGUGUGAUUUGUCGCAAAACUUUUAUCUUUGUCUUAAUAUGUUUUUAUGGUAUUGACAUUUGUGUUUAAC